UAAUGAAUAUGUCAAAAGCGAAUAGACGGCGGUUAGACUAAUGCGUUUAAAAGGCGGAGCCUGACAUAAAUGAAGUAUUAAUAUUAAUUUAAGAAAUAUCCAAAGCUACGUAAUCUAAUUAAAAUGGCUACGUCAAAAACUCUGCGGCUCUUAGCUGUAAAAUUAGGUUUGGCUGACGAAGUAAAAGUUCUGAGCAAAGCUGCAGAAUUUGAACGCUUACUUCAAAUUAAAUCUACUCCAGGGAAUAACUUUUCAGACACAAGUAAAAUUGUAAUACUUCUAGAUUUGGCAGCUUCUUUGCUUGGUACUAAUUUUGAUGAAAAAGCUGCUGUUAAGUAUUCAGGGUUAAAGGGACCAAGCUAUAGAAAUUCUAGAAAGGUGAUUGAGAAUUUACUUGAGUUGGACAAUGACAAGCUAUCAAUAUCGGCACUCUGCUUAAACCUGCAGUGUACCGGAGUACAGGAUCUUGCUGAAAGCAUCAUAAAAGAAUAUGAAACAAGCUCCAAAGUGGCAUUGGAUUUGACAUUACCCCAGUAUGUUUGUAUGGCAGUAUACCAGGCUUGUAGAAUUAAUAAAGUAAAGAUAACAAAAUCUAAAAUAAUAGAAAAAUCACGACUUAAACCUGGGCAAUGGAGUGAGUUGGAUACAGAGUGGACGAAAAUUGUGGAUGAAAAGUUUCUUGUAAAAAAAAGGGGACGGCCACCCAAAGUUGUUGUUGAAAAUGAAAAUGAAAUGGAGAUAGAUGAAAGUCCUGUAAAAGAGACAACAGAAACAAAAAUAGAACCUUACGAGGAUUGGAAGCGACGAAUGUUAGAACAGGCUUAUAAGGAGUUGAGAGAGUUAGAGAAUCAAAAGAGAGUAGGUAAAAACAGGGUAAGUUUUAAUGAAGACAACCUACCCCGAAGAUCUUCAAGAAUGACACCAAAAAAAUCAUCAGGAAUGACACCGCUAAAAUCGCCAUCUAAACAAAGAACUCCGCAAAAGUUUUCGCCAUACAAAAGUCCGGAGAAAGCUCGGUUAAGGCUGAGUUUUCCAAUAAUUUAAAUGGGAAAAAUUGCAGCUAAGAAAUGACUGGAUAUGAUAUCAAAACUUGAAUAUUUGAGAAAUUGUUCGUAAAACUAAAUAAAUAAGUUAAUUUUCUGUAUUAAUAAUAAUAUUGUGUUUUUUUAUAUUUGAGUUUUUUACAUAAGACAUUGUUAUGUUAAGACAUUUUUGAAUAAAAAUUAUUUCAUACUUU